UCUCGUCACAGGAGCUGCACUGCAUAAGCAAUGGCAACCAUUGUAGAAAAAGUAGGUCCUAUAAAUAUGUGGUAUUAAUAUUUUUAAUUAGUUCAUUGCAAACCCUGUUAAUCUUUUGAAGUGAGUCAACACUCGUUCGAAUUCACAAAUCGCCGUGCACUAGAAAAGAAUGCCGCCGAAAGCAAAAGCAAAGACAAAAGCGGUCCAGGAGGCCGCAGCUGCGCCUGGGUUGCCGCUUUCAGGCAAGACAUUCGUUUUCACUGGUGAAAUGGAAGGCAUGGACAGAGAUACUGCAACCGAAAAGGUGAAGUGCUUCGGAGGAAAGGUACUAACUCCGACUCGCUGAGGUUUUUUGUAUCUUUCUCUUGUUCGGUUUAGUGUUGUUCUUGAUGUGCUCACAUCUUUCUCCUCAUUCACGAAAGCAAAGCACAUUAGUGCUGGUGCUAAAGCUGGAUUCUGGUGUUGGCGUUGGCGUAUGCAUGCAUCCUACAGAUCGUUCGGUAUUUUUUCAAAAUGAAAGCAGCUGCAGCUUAUGGUUACGCGGCUAUCACCCGUUUUGUGCGAUGCGAAUUCAUUGAUUCUGCAUUUUUUACACCAGGUAACUGGCAGCGUUUCAGGUCGGACGACUUAUCUUGUAGCCGGUUCAAGGCUCGAGCAUGCCGGCGGACCAGCAAACGUCGAAGACACAUCAAAAUACAAAGCCGCGCAAAAGCUCAUCGAUGAUGGGAAGCCGAAUCCUAUCAAGAUUCUUCGGGAAGACGACUUUCUUGAGCUUCUCAAUAGUGCCGGUGGUUCCGCUGGCCAGCAAGUAGCGCCACGAACUAGUACACCCGGCGCUCCUGCUCCUUCGAGCUACACAGCGGGCAACAUGCCUCCGGCCGCGCGGGGUUCUGUGUCUGCGUCCUCAUCGGCUGGCCAGCCGAUGCAGGCUAUGAGUGCCCCUGCCGGUCCUGCCCCAAAGCAGGGCGGUCACAUACCUUGGGUCGUCAAGUAUGCGCCCAAGAGUGUGGAUGAACUCCAGGGACACCAGACUCAAGUGCGCAAGUUGAGCGAAUGGUUGCGCGAUUGGGACGAGGUGGUCCUCAACGGGAACAAAAAGCCUGUGUCGAAUUUCAGAGGACAGCCUGAAAACUUGAACGCCCGGGGCGCGCUUAUCACAGGACCUCCGGGCAUUGGGAAAACAACCGCAGUGAGGCUCAUUUGCGAGCAAUUUAAGGGAACGCACAUCGCGCAGUGGUACAAUGCGUCUGACUCGAGGAGCAAAAAAGUUAUCGAUCAGCUUUCAAUGGGCAUCGCGCAGGUGGCCAGUGUCGAUUGGGCUAACGGAGGGAAACUCGUGUUACGAUUAAGGGCUUAGAUAUUACGAUUAACGGCCGAUUUCUAACUCUAAGCCAGUCGCUGCGACAACAGUACGUAGCAUAGUUAUAUAUAAUUUGUAUUAUUAUUGCUAUUGCGGUAAAGUUAUACAUAAUAGUGAAGAUUCGAAUUAGUAGAUCUGGAAGGUCUUCAUCUUAUUUGCUCUACUUCUAACAAAAGCGGGCACCGGAAGUGCAUCUGGCAGUAGCGGAAGAACCUCGGGCGGUGUGGUUACAAAGCGGACAAUUAUUGUCAUGGACGAGGCAGACGGGAUGGGUGCUGGUGAUCGUAUGGGCACGUCCGCACUAGCGAAACUGAUCAAAACAAGUUCGAACCCUGUAAUUUGUAUCGCGAAUGACAGUGGUCGAGAGCAGAAGAUGCGCACGUUAGCGGGUCAAUGCUACGACGUAAAAUUCUCACGACCAGUGAAGACGCAAAUCGCAAAGCGGCUUGCCUUCAUCUGCGCUAAGGAGGGCGUGCAUAGCGAGCCGAACGCACUGGAGUCUUUGGCAGAAGCCUGCGGGAACGACUUGCGACAGGCAAUUACGCAAUGCCAAUCUCUUGCGAGUCGCGGCACCGGUAGAAUAGUGGCUUCUGGUAUACCAGGUGGUCUUGGCACAGCAACUCCUGGCGGUGCUGGAGCUGCUCCGAGUCUCACGUUUGCCAACACGAAAGAUAAAAUCAAGGAGAUAGAAAAAGACAUGACAGUCGACGGCUUCGCUGCUGCCAAAAAAUUGUUGACAGCUAGCGAGAACAGAAAAAUGUCCUUCUACGACAAAACAGAGUGCUUCUUCAAGGACUACGACAUGGUCCCCUUGCUUAUUCAAGAGAACUACUUGAAGUACUACGAGUCGAGCCAGGCCAAGAAUAUGAUGGAUGUUGCGUUUGCGGCCGAUCUGAUCGCUACAGGCGAUAUUUACAACAAAGUGAUGCGCAAGGAGAAUCAGUGGAGCCUUCUCCCGGACAUUGGCGUUGUGAGCAGCAUCUACCCGACGCAGAGAGUCAAUGGCUUUCGCAAUUUCCCGGAUUUUCCGCAGUGGCUAGGGAAAAACAGCAGCGCGAACAAGAGCAAACGUCUCGUCAAAGAACUACACGAAGCUCUCUGGAGCAAGACGAGUCUCACGCCAGAUCAAAUGAUCUGUUCGGGUUUCACAGAACUUCUGUUUAUGAAAGAGAAGAUGGUGCGUGUAGUAUAUGCAAGUAUUGCUUUUGCUAUUCAUUUUCAAGAAAACUUUGACCUGCGUGCUUGCUACAGCUACCACGGAUGUCAGAUGAAAUCCAUGAACAUGGCGCUAUUAUCUCCAACUUUAAUCUCCUGGAAGAUCCCUGUAGUUACCCGCUACCUCUCUCUUUUCCUAUACCUUUUCAUUUUCGACAUAAAAGUGAUGAAGCUCCUGAAGGCUGGCGAUAUUACCGCAGCGGCGCAGCAGUUGGACAAGCUGGGUUUGAGCAAGGACCACUUAAUGACACAAUUGAGCGAAUGUCGCACUCCUUUCGAGCUACGGGAUGACUACAAGCUUUUGGACUCGGACGUCAAGAAAAAACUCACGAACGAACUCAAGAAGCCAGAGUAUUUUUUACACUAACAGUUUGUCUUUCUUGUUACAAGUAGUACAGAAACAGAGGACCACGUUCAAUAAUGAUUCCGUCUGGUUUUAGUUACGGAAGGAUUCCGCAAGGAGUCUUCGUCCACCUCCUGAUACAACUUUACUCCUUCUUUAGGUACACAAACCAAGGCGGCAAAGGACUCGGGUUAAAGCGGUCAAAGAAGGAGAAGGGCGAGAAGCAGCAGCGCGCUGACGUCGAUGGUCAGGAGCAUGACCAAGAAAGCGACUCCGAGGAGUCGGAGGAACCGGAUGAGGCAGAACAGAUUGAUGAAGCGGUAAAGGCGCUGGCUAAAUCUCGAGCGAAAGCCAAAGCAAAAGGAAAAGCCAAUGCGAAAAAGAAGCAAAAAGUUGGGUGAAGCACUUCAGGGUCAGGGAACCGAGUUGGUUGAACUCGCACAGGAUGAUGAUCAACGUCAACCCAGUCACCUGACGGGUGUAAUAUCAAGCAAUAAGUUGCACGACUUGUGAACCAGCAUGAGCAUAUGAUUGAAGCAGCCACAUUCCCCACUGAUAUUCCAAGUCCCCAGUUUCGACCCUCCUUUUAUUAAUCACACCGACGAAAUUUGUGAAUUCUGAUGAUUCUCGCUCAGCACAAAUUGCGAUUAGAAGCCAUAUAAAAAACAGAAGGACGACCUUGUCUUUUACUUUCUCGGUUUCGACCUUGGCAUGAAGGUGUAAGCAAGCAAGAAAGAAGCGAGCAGUCAUUGUUUCGGAGGUUGUAAGAUAGUUAAUUUCGCGCGAUUGACGAUGAUAAUUCAGAAGAAAACACGAGUGAAGAUGGC